AUGCGCCGAUCCAGCGUUGAUCGGUGCCGAGAAGCCCUUUCCCAGGCAGCCCGAAAUUCUGGGGCAGGCAUGGACUUGCAAGCCGAAGCUGCGAAGGCGGUGGUAGGCGAAGAUAAAGGGCAAGCAGCAGUGGUUAGCGGGAAAUGCUGCAAGGUUACGGUGGCCACCGUCCUUGUGAGCACUAUCACGGCUGUGUCUGCCGGGAUCCUAAUGGCCUUCCAUUCCAAGCAAGAGUUCCUCUCUGAGCAUCUGGUGGAGCUGCGAGGGAUCCGUUACGACAGCAGCUUGCAGUGUGAGAACUCAGAAUAUCACCGCACGUUGACCCCCAUCUUGGAGUGGCUGUUUAAAAGCAGCUUUCAGAACUCAACGCUGGAAGGAAGUUGUUUGAGAUGUUCCAUCUUGCAGUACAGGAAAGGUAAUUCCAGCGUGAUUGUCCACUUUCGCCUCUGGUUCUCCAAGGAGCUGGUCAGCCCAGGCUUAGAAGAAGAGGUGCUCAGGCGAGGACUGGCAGCCACCCUAGACAAGCAGGGGGUUCCUCUGGCUUCCUAUGGUAUCAUUUCUUCAGCUAUCCUGACAGGACCACGCAGUAUCUCUCCUGCUGGGAUUGUUCUAAAAUCAGGCAGCUGUGCCGGGAACGCUUUUGCCUGCCACGAUGGCCAGUGUGUGGCCAUGCAAAAUGUGGAAUGCGACAACCACAAGGACUGUGGGGACGGUUCCGAUGAGGCUGAAUGUGACUGUGGCAUUAGACCGGCCCUGCAGGUGGCCAACCGGAUUGUUGGGGGCUCGGAGGCCUUACGGGGGGAAUUCCCCUGGCAGGUCAGUCUGCGGGAGAGCGGCGAACACUUCUGCGGGGCGACCAUUCUGACAGCGAGGUGGCUGUUUGAGCCACGGCUGGAGGGCAGAGACAGCAAUUUGCUGGAGCUCCUGACACAGUCACCUACUGUUGCCUUCACGGACGCUGCCCCAGCCGGAGAUGGAGCACCUCUUGCCCACGGGAAACUUGUGGAUGGUGAGCGGGAGACAGAUGGGCUGGAUGUAUUUGCCGAAGAGGAGGGGCCUUGCCAGCUCCAGGACGGCCACGUCGAAAUCCAGCAGCAGAGGGUUGUAGGACGGAUGGAGCACCACCCGCUUGACGCUGACCUUCACGGAACUGCUCUCCGCCGCCGACAGCAAAGUGGCGCCCGCAUAGGCGAUGAUGUACUCUGGCUUGUGACUCCGACAGGCGGUACUUACUGGUUAAAGCAGUGUGCGGCCGAGAGCAGCCAGCGGUCUCCGAUGACGGUGGCCCCGCAGAAGUGCCGCAGCCCCUCCUUCAGGCUGAUCUGCCAAGGCACUUCCCCUCGGGUUGCAUCCAGUCCGCCCACAAUUUUGACGGGCUUGGAAAAGCGGCUUGUACCUUGGGGGCGUGGCGCCGUCACCGGACUGCUUGUGGCUGUGGCCCCUGGGGCAGUGCUGGAGAUGGAGUGUUGCUCGCUCACGCCGAUCCCCCAGCUCACAAUGCCCGCUAAAAAGAAGCGUCCAGAGUGUUCUUUGCAGACCAACGGACCCCCAGAAUCUCCCUACAAAAGAGAAGCCCGUUGCUCUGUUUCUGGAGCAUUUCAGAGCCUUUUUGAUAUUUUGAGGGAGCUUAAUCUUCACAGCAUCAACUACCGAAGACUCGGGGAACUGCAGCCUUCUCUCCAGGGUGACUCUGGCGGACCCCUGACAUGCGAGGAGACGCCUGGUGUGUUCUACUUGGCAGGGGUGGUGAGCUGGGGGGCUGGCUGCGCACAGCCCAGGAAGCCAGGGGUGUACGCCCGGAUCACCAAGCUCAAAGGCUGGAUCCUGGACACCAUCUCAAUCCGGCCCAGCACCACCCUCACGUCCACUGCCAAGACCGUGGCUGCCACCACUUCAAGCUUGCCCGGCACUACCCAAAUGACUGGCCAGACAACCCCAGAUCCAAGCACCAAUACUGGCACCAUAUCUACACCAUUAACUAGCCCGGCAAAGAUGACACAGUUUCCAGCUGUGCCGUGCACGCCAACCACUUUCAAAUGCUCCAGCAAAGUCUGCAUUGGGAAACUGAACCCUGAGUGUGACGACAUCGUGGACUGCAGCAACGGCCGGGAUGAGUGGAACUGCACUUGCGGCUUGAUCUCCAAGAUGGCUUUCAACAAGAUAGUGGGGGGCAGUGGAGCAGCCCGUGGGGAGUGGCCGUGGCAGGUGAGCCUGUGGCUGCGGCGGAAGGAGCACAAGUGCGGGGCUGUCGUGAUCGGCGAGCGGUGGCUACUUUCAGCGGCUCAUUGCUUUGACAUUUACAGCGAUCCCAAGAUGUGGCUUGCUAUCCUGGGAACCACCUUCUUGAGCGGAUUUGACGGGAGAGUGCAGAAAAUCUACCACAUUCACAGACACCCGUUUUACAACGUCUACACGCUGGACUACGAUGUGGCUCUCCUGGAGCUGGCUUUCCCCCUGAGUUACACCAGCACCAUAAGGCCCAUCUGCAUGCCGGACAAUUCCCACGUCUUCAGCGAAGGGGCACGGUGCUUUAUCACCGGAUGGGGUUCCACUAAGGAGGGAGGCCUGAUGUCCAAGCACUUGCAAAAGGCAGCGGUGAGCCUGAUCAGAGAGCAAGACUGCAAGAAGUUCUACCCCAUCCAGAUCAGCGGCAGGAUGAUGUGCGCCGGCUUCCUGCAGGGCACAGUCGACAGCUGCUCGGGCGACGCGGGCGGGCCCUUAGCCUGCAGAGAGCCUUCAGGGAGGUGGUUCCUGGCAGGCGUCACCAGCUGGGGCUACGGCUGCGCAAGGCCUUUCUUCCCGGGCGUUUACACAAAAGUGACUGCGGUGCGGGGUUGGAUUGGGCAGAAUCUCAAGAUGUAAGCCUCUGUGCCUCUCAGGGAGAAAAGAUGGGAUGUCCCGGGACACAACAAACCUGUGCUGGAGCCACAGGAAUUGUGUUGCACGGGCCGUCGGUGACUGAUCGGUAGCCGCGGAGAGAACUCCCCCUGCAUUUGACAACGGAGCAGAUUUAGAAAAUACUUUCAAUAAAAGAGGGCCUCCUGUCUCAAUUCAACACCGUGCGAGGUGGCAGGGUCAGGUGAGAUCUCCGAGUGCUUGCCAUCUUAUGCUAGAAGGGCCUGUGCCCUAAUCCAGAUGGGGUCAGGGAAAGACUUUUCCCCCAAGUUGGCUUAUUUUGCUUCCUGCUGUAACUCGUGCUCUGGUCACUUACAGCUCUUUGGGGCAGUACUCCUUGAACAGAGGGCUGCAUUUGAGAUAGCCUCAGGCCUCGCAACUCUACCACGGGGAGCCAGUGGGAGGGAGGACACUUUUGGGCUGCAAAAUCUUUUCCUAUCAGAGGAAGACACGUGAAAUUGCUGCCUGUGGAGUUGUAUGCGGGGUGGGGGUGGGAGGGGAUUAUGUGCCAGCCUUGCUGUGUAAGAGAGUCAUCGUCCGCCACGGAAUUUGCCAUCUUGCAAAACUCAUGUUUCAUUAAAAGAAAAAUCCAAG